UUCUCUCCUUGCGCUGCUUCAUUUGUUUUCCUUUUUUGACCUCUUUAAUACACCGAUGUUCGGCAGGAGUGAGUCGGUGGCUGGCUAGCUGCUUCAUUGUUAACGCUUUGUUUCAGCGCCCUGUGCGGCGAAUAUUUUUGUUUUCGUCGCUCGUUAGUGCGCGUCCCAUUAGCUUUAGGCUAAAAAUACAAGCUAACAUCGAAGGCACAGCUCGUGCAGCCACGCUUUGUCAUCAUCCCUCCCUCCUGCCAGGUGAGCUGAGGUGGCCAACAGCGUUGUAAGGUGUGUCAUAAUGGGAUUCUCUUAAAGAUUGCAGGAAACCUUUAAAAGAAAGAAGAAAGCCAGAGGAAUUCUUACACAGAUGUCGACAGCCAGCAGCCAUGUCCAUUGAAUACACCAUUGAUAUCCAGCUGACGGAGUUGGGAUUCCCAGACAUCCUGCAGCCACAGGAGGCUUCGGAUAGGGAGACACCCUGUCACCCCACGUCGCCUGGUGACUCCCCCAGUCACUCCCCCGCUUCUUUUUCAACCAGUCAUAAGCAAAGACAUGUGAUCAGAGAUGAGAAAGAAGCAAGUACAGCAAAACUGACCUCCAACUCCCAGCAAAACACAGUGGUUUAUGUGUCGUCACCUCCGGCAGAGACAUUGCCCGAUAAACAGGUAAAUUCUGUACAGAGUCCACAAGAUGAACCAGCUGUCAACGGGACUGAAAGGUCAGAGAUGACUGUAGAUGAUUCCCCUGCUGGAGCAGACAGUCCCCAGCUGAUCACUGAUGAAGGUGGCAGAAAUACUGCUAGGCAGGGACCAGCAGAGGGCCAACAGAAUGUGGAUGAUGACUCGGACGACAGUGAAGUUUCAGAUCUGUAUGAGGAAGAAGAGGCUGACGAGGAAGACGACGAGGAAGAGGACGGAAUAAGCGAUGAGUCGGGUCAUUCAGGUGAUUACCGCUGCAGCAUCUGCCAUCUCCAGCUGCCCUCCCAAUUCAAGCUCCAAGACCACAUGAACCUGCACACAGGAGCGCGUCCGUACUGCUGUGCGGAAUGUGGCAAGCGCUUCUGCCAGAUCUAUAACUACCGCGUCCACCUGCGCACUCACGCCCUGGUCAAAGUGGAUCGUCCCCAGUGUCGCAUCUGCCUGGUGAGCUUCCCCGCGCAGGUGGAUCUGAACAGACACCUGUCCAGAACUCACCUCGAGGACGAGUUUUACGAGUGCGACCUGUGCAAACGCGUGUUUACCUCGCUGAAGGCGUGCGAAAACCACGUGCAGCUCCACAAAUGCAUGCUGAAUGUCGUGUGCGACGUGUGCGGCCGCAAUUUCUCCUCCCCAAAAUCCCUGGCGCGCCACCGGAAGAAAAGCUGCCAUCGCAAUUAUAAAUGCACGGACUGCCCCAAGACCUUCACCAAGAAGAACGCCCUCCUCAAACACAGCUUCUCCCAUCUGGGUUUGCUGCCGUACACCUGCAUUCGAUGCCGCCGCCACUUCCGCCUGGCGAAGCUGUACCGCCAACACAAGUGCGAACCCGAACGCAUUCACUGCGUGGCGUGUCUGAGGGAGUUCCUCAGUCAGGAGGACUUCCAGCAGCACAAAAAGGACACGGGCUGCUGGGGCAACCAGGACAGGAACGUGACAACGGAUGAGAUCAGGUGUUUGGAGUGCGGACAGAGAUUCGACACUUCGGAGGAGCUGAAGAAACACGCCGGGGCUCACCAGAGGGUGCUCAAGUGCGCCGAAUGUGGGAAGGGGUUCCGCUCGGCGCUGCUGUUAAUGUCCCACAUGGGCGGUCACGCUGGCAAGUCGCCCUGCCUUUGUCAGAGCUGUGGAUUCGGCUUCCCCCACCAGCAGAACUACGACAGCCACCUUAAAACCUGCGGACAAACACUUCCAUCUCAGAGUGCUCCCAAGAAACGUCAGACCUCGAAGAGCUCUUUGCCCGACACGAAAAAGCCCGGUGCAAAACCAGACUCGUCGACUGCAGCAGCCACAGUCGCUGCGCCUGUUUUUGUUUCAGCCAAUCCUGCUGCACCAGUUCAGGACUGCAGCAGCCCAGGACUUGUGACGGCGGGCGUGUCUGCUGGCUCCGCUCCAUCAGACGGGGUUUGGAAGCUAACUCUCAACGAACAGCCGCCUCCCGGAGUCGAACUCGUCGUGUUUGUUCCUGUCUGUCCAACUCAAACCAAUGGGCUUCCACUCCCGUCUGCAAUCCCUCAGACUCUACCAGUCACAGCUAUGCAAGCCCUGCCUCAAGCGUCCUCCCCACUCCUUCCAGGUAACCUCGCCGUGAGCGCUGCUCUCGGAGCCCCCCUGGAUCUCGUAACUGGGAUUAAACAGGAACCAGAAGCACCUCUGGACUUGUCUAAGAAGCGCAGCUCAUCGGAGUCCGCGCCAACCAACAUUCCUCUUCCUCCUGUAAAAGGUGAGCCGGAAGAGAGUGAAAUUUCAGGGCAGAUUAAUGGUACUGAAAGACAUGAAUUUAAGAAACGCACAACAAAGACCGAGGAGAAGAUGGCACCAUCUGGACCAGUGAUGGGUAUAAAAAGUGAGCUUCUUGGUCUUGAUUUGUGCUUAUCCAGAACCAGACAACCCGCAGACAGCAAGCCGGAUGAAGAAGUUAAGAUGGAAGUUGGCAUUUCAAACCCUCCCUGUGCUGAUAUGGAGACUUGAAACACAUUGAGGGAGGAAUAAUACUCACAUUCCCUACUCUGCAAAGAAGCACACUCCAUUUUACUCCAUCUAUAGCCACUUACACCAAAUAUGGAGGUGAUGUUAUACAGUCAGAAUUAUAUACUAAUGAAUGUCGUAUACAUUUCUGUCUAAUUAGUACAUCGACCAGCAUAUGGUUUUAGAAUAAGGCAGGAUUUUUCCUACAACUGCUUUUGUCACUAGUAUGAAUAGACUCUUGAACUGUCUACAGUUACUGUAAUUUUUGUUUUGGUGUACGAGUUUUUUUUUUCAUUCAUCUGUAAAGAAAACAUUCCAAGCUUUUGUUUGAGGCAUUUUAAAAAAAUAAAUGCAUUCUUGGUAAGGCUUUGUGGAUUGGGCCCACGCCUAUGCAAUUAUGUGCAGGGUUUCUCUCAGCAUUUUAAAAAAAAAGUUGCAUUUGACUUUAUUUCUUUGUGGAGAAACAGAAUCUUUUGGUUUCCUUCAUGCGUAAUAAUUGAAUGAAAACACAAGAUUUCUUAGUCUUCAACUGGAUACUUAGUUUUUUUUUCCUUUUUUGUUUUCGAAGCCUGACCUUUAGUACUGUUAAAUGGAUUCAUUAGGAUGCUACUGAUCAAUAAUAAGACAUUUUGUCACUUUGUGAUUUGCAUUUGCUGAAUAUGUACAUUCUGCAGGAAUAUUUUGAUGUUUUUCUAAAGGCAAAUAAAAGAUUUGUCCUUAAUGCAAGAUCCUUCA